CCGUUUUCGUCAUUAGUUUUCUGUUCUUCUGAAUUUAUGCAAACGCAUCGCACUAUUUCACAAACAAUUUACUAUGAAUUUUGUACAGGAAAACAAUUCCGUGCUCUACAUUUGGAGCGGAACCGCAACCGAAACUCUGGAACAGGAAGUCAACCAGCUGAAAGCCAUCUCCAAUGUCAAGGUGAAUGUGGAAAAUGCUGAUCGUCUUCAGAUAGCCGGCUAUGGGAAGUCCCAGUUCGACGUUAUCCUGGCCAACGUCUCUACAUCCGCCACUGAGCUGAUCACGCAUUUGCUCAACUUGGUCAAGCCGAAGGGGAAAGUUGUGUUCAAAGAUGACGCAGCGAAGGUCGAAUUGGCUCGUUCUAAUCUACUGCUUUGCGGUUUUAUCAAUAUUGUUGACCAGGGAAAUCUAAUUGUAGGAGAAAAGCCUAACUACGAAACUGGCUCGGCUGCGAAGCUUUCCUUCGCGACCAACAAAUCCAAGGUAGCUGCCGUCUGGAAGCUGGAUGUAGACGAUGAAGAUCAAGAGGAACGCAUAGAUGCCGACGAGCUGCUGGACGAAGAAGACAAAGUUAAACCAACGGCAGAAUCGUUAAGAGUUUGUGGAACAACUGGGAAGCGUAAGGCAUGCAAAGAUUGCUCCUGUGGACUAGCAGAGGAGUUGGAAGCAGAAUCGAAGGGAGCCUCGAUUGGACAAUCUGCGGUUGUUAAAUCAUCCUGUGGAAGUUGCUAUCUAGGAGAUGCAUUCCGUUGUGCAACCUGCCCGUACUUAGGAAUGCCAGCCUUCAAACCGGGCGAAAAAAUUCAACUUUCUGAUGUUCAAAUGAAGGCUGAUAUUUGAGUUGGAAAGGCGAGUGUCUAAGACAUUGUAGGUGAUAAUAUACAUAUUUAGAGUACUAA